CCGAGCCCAGCCGAGGUGUUCCGAGCCCCGCCGAGCCCUUCCCGCGCCGCCCGGUGCGGGCCGCGGGCCGCCGCCGGAGCUGUCCAGCCGCCCGCGCCCGCCCGCAGCCCCGCCGUCCCCGCCAUGCGAGAGCGAUGAGAGCAGCUCCUCCAGACGCAGCCCGGCAAUGGAGGAUGAUUUAUUCCAGCUGAGACAGCUGCCGGUGGUCAAGUUUCGCCGUACUGGGGAAAGUUCAAGGUCAGAUGAGGAUGUCAUUUCAGGAGAACACGAAAUUCAGAUUGAGGGUGUUCGGACAGAGCUAGAGCCUGUUGAGCUUGAGGAUGGAGCCGCAGUGCCAAAAGAAUUUGCCAACCCAACUGAUGAAAAAUCUGUCUCAAGGCAUGGCUCUUACUAGGAAAGGAACACACUUCUGCACUAGGAUUGUUUUCUUCCUAGAUACUUUCAUGGUGGAAGAUGCGGUGGAAGCCAUUGGAUUUGGAAAGUUCCAGUGGAAGCUCUCUGUUAUUACUGGAUUAGCAUGGAUGGCAGAUGCUAUGGAAAUGAUGAUUUUAAGUAUCCUAGCUCCUCAGCUUCAUUGUGAGUGGCGAUUACCAAGCUGGCAGGUUGCAUUGCUCACAUCGGUGGUGUUUGUGGGAAUGAUGUCCAGCUCCACCCUUUGGGGAAACAUUUCAGACCAGUACGGGAGAAAAACAGGCCUAAAGAUCAGUGUGUUAUGGACACUCUAUUAUGGGAUCCUCAGUGGUUUUGCCCCAGUGUAUAGCUGGAUCUUGGUGCUGAGGGGCCUGGUGGGCUUUGGGAUUGGAGGAGUGCCUCAGUCGGUAACCUUAUAUGCUGAAUUCCUUCCAAUGAAAGCCAGAGCCAAGUGCAUUUUAUUAAUAGAGGUCUUUUGGGCCAUUGGGACUGUGUUUGAAGUCCUUCUAGCAGUGCUGGUGAUGCCCACUCUUGGCUGGCGGUGGCUUCUCAUUCUUUCUGCCCUCCCACUUUUGCUCUUCGCUGUCCUAUGUUUUUGGCUGCCAGAAAGUGCCAGGUAUGAUGUGUUAUCUGGAAAUCAAGAAAAAGCGAUCGCCACUUUAAAGCGUAUAGCAACGGAGAAUGGAGCUCCAAUGCCUUUGGGAAAAUUAAUUAUUUCCAGACAGGAAGACCGAGGAAAAAUGAAGGACCUUUUUACACCCCAUUUUAGAUGGACCACAUUGUUACUCUGGUUUAUAUGGUUUUCCAAUGCUUUUUCAUAUUAUGGCUUAGUUUUAUUAACUACAGAGUUCUUCCAAGCAGGAGAUGUCUGCAGCAUAUCCAGUAGAAGGAAAGAAGUUAAAGCAAAGUGCAGCCUGACCUGUGAGUAUCUGACAGAGGAAGACUACACUGAUCUGCUCUGGACAACCCUGUCAGAAUUCCCUGGUGUGUUAGUAACACUAUGGAUUAUUGAUCGGAUAGGCCGCAAGAAAACCAUGGCCCUGUCCUUUUUUGUCUUCUCGUUUUGCAGUCUUCUGCUGUUUCUCUGUGUUGGAAGAAAUGUUCUUACUGUGCUGCUCUUCAUUGCAAGAGCUUUUAUUUCAGGAGGAUUUCAGGCUGCUUAUGUUUACACUCCUGAGGUUUAUCCAACAGCCACGCGUGCUUUGGGCCUGGGAACAUGCAGUGGAAUGGCUAGAGUGGGAGCCCUCAUAACCCCCUUCAUUGCACAGGUGAUGUUGGAAUCUUCAGUCUAUUUAACGCUGGUGGUUUACAGUGGAUGUUGCCUGCUGGCCGCUGUGGCUUCCUGCUUCUUGCCCAUUGAAACAAAAGGUCGUGGCUUACAGGAGUCCAGCCACAGAGAAUGGGGACAGGAGAUGGUUGGGAGAGGAUCUCAUUCCCCAGGGGUUACCAGGUCAAAUUCCGGAUCACAGGAAUGAUGGGACAUGAAAACCUGCCGAAAGAACGAAUGAUAGGAGCGAGAUCUCUUUCACAACAAAUCCAACCCUGAAGCAUAGAAAGCUGACCAUCCUCUCACUGCCAACGUCAUGUGUCAAACUGCAGGAACUUUUGGGUUGAAGCUAAGCAAAUUGUGUCUCUGCUGCUCUUCGCUCACACUCAUAAAAACUUUACUUCUGUAUUGAGAGGCGUUUGAUCCAGAUAUCAUUUGAAGUUUAGCAGGAAGGGUUUUUCUUAAGUCUGUUGUGCUUGCAUGGUCAGCUCUUCAGCUUAAAAUGUCCCGUGUCAAGCAAAUAGCUAACUGAAUGCAACUCAGUAUAAGCUGUAAUUAAAAUAAUGUACUUUUGAUGCCUAAAACCAAAAGACUAAUAUUUAUUGUGUACUUGGCAUAGCACACGGUGGAUUCCAUACACUACAGAAUAGGUUUUAUGAAUUAGAUGCCUGCCUUGCACUUUUUAGCCAUCAACAACAACAACAACAACAAAAUGUGGUAACGGCAAACCAACCAAUGCUUUCUAGUUCCCUCGCUUAUGGGUUCUGUUCCUUGAGAAUUAGCAGGUGCUGAUUGCUCGGAAACGAUUUUUGGAAUGUUUCUCCCAUCCAAGGCAGGUAGUUUGCGUCAGUGAGGCGUGGUAUUGUUGCAGAGAUGGAACCUUAUAUAAGAAAUGUCAGUCUUUGUGGUUUGGAGCAGAAUUUGACUUUUCUACCAUUGCCAGAAUCAUUGAGCACUCUGUCUGUGGCUUGGUGAAGACUCCUUCAGCUGUACCGGUGUCUCUGUGUGUGUGGAGAUGCACGCCGUGGUUUUCUGCAUGGGUCCGGGUAUGUUUCUGCUCAAUUUGCCUAAGUAUGUUCUCGCGGUGGUGUACCCAAAACCUUUUUGAUAAAAAUGCCUCAGUCUGAACAGCUGCGUGUAGCGGCUUGGAUGGAGCUGCUCUCAAGUGUCCCCCAACAGAAGCUGGCCUCCUGACAGAGACGUUUCGAUAGCUGCUGGUUGUUCACUGACUGUAACGGCAAGCUGGUGACAAAGGAAUGUAGCUGCAUCAUGUCGUAAAUGAAGAAAAAUCAUGGGAAGAGCCGAACUGUGAUCAUCCUUAGAUGAGGAACUUCACUCCUUCAGAUGGUGCCCCUCAAGGUUGAUGAUUCUGCUCUUGCCAGAGAAUGUAACAGAGUUCAGGCGAGGAGAAGUUCGUCUUGUGUGUCAGAAAUCUGUCGCCAGGCAGGCAGUCAGAUUUCAGAGUCUGUGGAUGUGCAGCAAGGAGAGGCGUAAGGAAGCUGAGACAUGUCUCAUCCGUGGCUCAGCUGCUUUUCAGGAUUCCAGACUAUGGAACAUGCAACCAAAUGUAAGUGAGACGGACUAAAUGCUAAUCACUAGGCGGUGGGAAGCAAUACAUUUUUAUAGUAUGUGUGGUCAGUUGUCUCACGUAACCGUAGGUAGGUGCAACAAAUUUUUGCACAGUAGAAUAUUUUAAGUAGUAUUUUCUGGCCCCUUUUCUGUGGGGCAAGAAUAGGUCACUGAGUCCAUUUUUAGGUGCAAUACAAAUGAACACAACUGGGGCUCAGCUUUCGCUUAGGGUUCGACAGCACUGUGGUGCAGUAUAAUGCUCCGAGACACGUUAGGCUGUUUGCUUAUAGCACUGGAGGAAAAUUAGAAGUGGAUAAUUCCUUAAAGAAACUGAGGAAACUCAGACUAAUAAAAAAAGGCCAAAGAGUUAUUAUUGAUAUUCUGUGUGUGGGUAUCUUCUGCUGAGAAAAGUUAAAGUUUGACAAGGCACCAAAAUGCCUGUCCAUUCAUUUACCGCUCGGUGAUGGCGACUGCGAUGAAGGACUCCAGAAGCAGUUGGUCCGAACAGGCAAACUUUCCUUUUCCCAGUAAUAUGAAAAUGCAGUUCAGCUCACAGGGGAUCCCGCUGUAGAUGUGGCUGAUGACACAAACACGCCGUCUGUUCCGGAGGCUGUUCCCACACGCUGGUUUGGUUUUCGCUGUCUCUGCCGUCUCUGUAUCCUGUGUGCUCAGUCUCCAGCAAGCUCCAGCUCCGGUCGAUCCCCAGCAAACAGACAGGGCUCUCACGGCGCCGACAGCCAGCGCAAAUAAUUUGUUUUCAUCUCCUUCUGUCAGGCUGUAGUUGGAUAACAAAAAAAACCCCCACACUAUGCAACUGGGGUAGCUCAGUGCUGCCUCGCAAGUAGAGAUGGAUGGACUUGCUUCCCUUGGACUGUCCUCCGGUGUGCGAGAGAUGGACAUGACAUUGGCAGUGAGGAAGCAGUUCCUGGAUGGGUUUAGAUCAGAUGUUAGACCACACGUGUGACCAGCGAGGUAGAAAACCUGCUUUGCCUUUGCAUAGUGCGGACUGUUCACCUUUUAAUGACGGUUGUGACUAUCAUCUUCUCCCUCCUGCUGGUGAAGGCGCUUGAGAGCCUGCCAGUCCUGGCACGGACCUCACGGGGACACAUCCAGAUGCUUCCGAGCCUCUCGCCAUGGGGGCUUGCCAUGAGCUGCGUUCACAGUUAGGUGGACACCCCAAAAUUGGGUGGCCUCUAGGAGAAUCCCCCAUGAGAGGUGAGAAUGAGUAUAAAGUGCAUCCGUGGCCUGAAGGAAUGCCACCUUACAGCCCCGCUCCUAAGUUUGUUUGUCUGUUAUUGAGUGUCUUUAGUUAAAAUUCUGCUUUUCCAGUGUUAAUGUUCACAUAUCGCUUCGUUCUUUUGAGUCAAUAUUCAACAGUUUUAAAGGACUGCAUUGCAAUGGCCUUCAAAGGGUGCACUCAGAGAGCUUUAGGUGAAGUAUAUAUAUAUCUCAUAAACUUGCACGUAUGUAUACUUCAAAUAAAAUAUUUCCCGGGUAAAGAUUUACAGGUAAUGCAAAACCUUUUCGCGCUGUUGAGUAGUUCACUUUUAACCUGUGACAUUUACAGUAUUAAAAGAAAACUGAAGGCAUUUUUGCUUUUCACUUUUUACGAAUUCUGCAUUGAAAAUGUAUAUAACGAUGUAAACGGCCAGGAUUGGUCCCGCUGAGGACAACUUCAUACUCCGGGUCUUCGAUUUAAAGACAGCGAUGCCUAAAGCGCGAUCCAAAGCUCCCUGAAGUCUGGGACAAUCUCCCGUGGACAUUCGUGGGCUUUGGAUCAGCUGAAUAGAGGGAGACAGAGCGGAGCCCCCGCAGCUGAUCCCACCUCACUGAAAUCAGGAGGAAUCGAUCGGGCGCUGAAGAAGCCCAGGUUCAGGUUUUGCAGGUCCGUAUUAUUUGGUUAAUAAGGGAAGGACAUCUUAGAUUGUUCACCGAAAAACUGAAGAACAUCCGGGUUGAUCCACAAUAGCCUAUAAAUAAUCACAAGUCAUAUUUUGUUAAUAUGGCAACACCAUUGACGUAUAUAAUAAGCUUCCAAAGAUUGUUGUACACAGUCGAGUAUUUUUCACGGACGAAGGAAUUAAUAUAGUUCAUUUAAAACAAUAAAGUGAGAUAAUUUUGAAUUAAACCUGAGAGCAAACAGAACUGUGGGAUUCAGAGAUUUGCUAACUGUCCGAUAUAUUAAUGUGCAAAGCUGUUGUGGGAAAAAUAAUUCUCCAAGUGUGCUUUGAUGGAAUGAUUUAUUAUUCCUAAAUGCUUGCCGAAAGAACGUUGAAUGUUUUUCCUGUGUUUGAAUGUACAGUUUCUAAGCUGGAUACAUUUUAAUGUUUAAAAAACUUUGUGUAUAUCGAGCUUGUUGUAAAAUACUCCUUUUGUUCCUAUGUUACUGAUGCCACACCGGAUAGUUUAAUUCCACACUAGAUAUUUUAUGUUAAACAAAUAAAUAGUUUUUUCAGUAAAAAUGCUCGUGGCUGUUCUGUGGGACUUUUAGGAAGGGUCCGUAACUUUACCGUUCUUUUGCCUUGAUGUUCAGGGCUUCGAGGCGCGCGCUGCUGGGCGGACUCGGCUGGAUGUGCGAGGGCUCGGCACGUGGCAGGUCUCGCUCCUCUCGCGUGCGUGUUUGAUGCGGUUGGACAGGGAGAAAAGCCGCAGGAUUCGUGUUUGCAUUUUAAGUAACCUCACGGAUAACUACAGCUCAAUAUUUUUAAAAUUAUCUUAAGAUCUCCAGUUGCGCUUUGCUUUUAAUUCAGUGUGGACAAUACAAACCGGGCAGUUUUGCUCCUUGCCCGGGGGCGAUUUCUAGCAAUGCCUUUAACGCUGCAAUAUGUGCUUGGGGAUCACAAAGGCAUGUUGGGAGGAGGUGGCAGAGCGUCCGUCCGGACUUCGGGGCGGGGAGAGUUCCUUCUGUUUAUUUACUCUUUAAUGUAAACUUUUCUCUUUUCCAUCUCUUGUUUUUAUAAAAUAUAAUUAAACGCAUAACCUUGGCUGCAUUCCGCUGCCCUUUAAAGAUACUCUUAUUUUGAUGUCCAGUAAUUUCCAAACAGAGGGUUGUCCCUGUCCGAGUCAAAAUGACUAAUGAGCUGCAAAUCCUUUGCAUGCCAAUACAGUGUGUUCUCCUCUCGGCGCGCAUUAAUCUCCCUGCUCACAGCUUGUGCCGCCGCCGCCGGUCCGCCGGGAUGAAGAGUCUUAUUUCUGGGAAUGGAAACAGUUGGCAACCACGGCAGGGUUCGUAUCGUGGAAGCAAUACUCGGGGAGAAUAUUCAUUCUUCUGUGUUUUCUGUGAACUUUUUGGCAUCCGCAGCCGCUUCUACAGCUCAUUCUCUUUUCCAAAAUGCCAGAGCUGCUGUUUGCUUACAGAGGAUAACUUUACUGAUACUUGAUGUGUUUCCAGCUUUGUUCUGUGUCACAGGCAAUCGUUGUUGAGAACUCCGAGUUCAUAAAAUGUGCUGAUGCCGGCCGCGGGAGAUGGGGCUUUGUGCUUCUCGAGACAGUUGGUGCAGUA